AUGCCAACAAAUUUAGAUAGCGCAGGUAGAGAUGAGUCUGCACCGCGUCAGGCAUCGAGAGACUACGUCAGUUCGGCUAAACUCGAUCCUGCGGUUAUUGUUGGCAUGGCUUGUAGGGUUCCUGGGGCCACCAGUCCCAGCCAGCUGUGGCGCGUUCUCGCUGAACAACGAGAUCUACAGAGAAAGAUGCCGGCGGAGCGAUAUAACGUUGAUGCUUUCUAUCAUCCAGUAGGCACGAAUAAGGGAACCACCAGCGCCAGAUAUGGCUACUUCCUCGAUCAGGACCUUGGUCUCUUCGAUAAUGAGUUUUUCCACAUAUCAGGCAAAGAAGCACAGGCGAUGGAUCCUCAGCAGAGGCUGCUCUUGGAAGUUGUAUAUGAAGCUCUGGAGGAUGUGGGCAUCACGCUAGAUGAGAUCAGCGGUACAAAGACUUCUGUGUUUGUCGGCUCGUUCUCCAGCGACUACAGGUCUCUGGCGACAGACCUGCUCGAUUAUCCCCAGUACACUGCCAUCGGUAUUGGAGGCACUAUCCUAGCCAACCGCAUCUCAUACUUUUACAAUCUGAGCGGCCCUAGUAUGACGAUAGACACGGCCUGCUCGUCGUCCCUGGUGUGUUUCCACCUUGGAAACCAGUCCAUCCAGCGAGGCGAGUCUGAAAUUUCUAUCAUAGCCGGGUCAGCAAUUCAUUUUGAUCCAUUUCACUUCAUUACCAUGACCGACCUCGGUCUCUUAUCCAGCGAUGGCCGCUGUCGAACCUACGACGCUGCAGGAAGCGGGUAUGUUCGUGGAGAGGGUGUAUGCGCCGUGAUCCUCAAGCGACGCAGUCAAGCCGAGUUGUCGAACGACCCCAUCCGAGCCGUCAUCCGCGCAACGGGUGCAAAUCAUGACGGCUUUAAGGAUGGCUUGACGGUGCCAAACGGUGAGGCGCAAGCAAGGCUCAUACGGGAAACGUAUAAAGAAGCUGGCAUUUUGCCUUUGGACACGCAUUAUUUUGAAGCACAUGGCACUGGCACUCGAGUGGGUGACCCUAUUGAGGCCAAGGCCAUUGGCUCGAUAUUUGCACCGGGUCGAGACAGACCGCUGGUUGUUGGAUCACUCAAGUCUAAUCUCGGACAUCUGGAGGGCGCAUCUGGUUUAGCUGGCGUGAUCAAAGCUACCUUGACGAUUGAGUCGGGAAAGAUCAUGCCCAACAUGCAUUUCAACGUGCCAAAUCCUAGCAUUGACUUUGAGAAUCUUAAACUGAAGGUUCCAACCGAGAUCAUGGACUGGAAUGAUCCUCGUCGCCGAGCGAGCAUCAAUUCUUUUGGAUACGGCGGGACUAACGCGCAUGUCGUCCUCGAGAACUACAAACCCACUCAGCAGCUGUCGAACGGGGACAGUGAUGAUAUCGUGUCUAUCCUACAAGACUCGCAGCGCCCGUAUUUGCUUCCAUUGAGUUCACACAACGAAAAGGCAGCCGAUCACUUGUGCACAGGUCUCGCACAGUACGUCCUGGAAAAUCCACAGAUUACCAUACCAGACCUUGUCCAUACCUUUGACACGAAACGAUCACUUCACAACUACCGCUCGUUCGCUUUACUCUAUAACUUGGACUCGGCUGCCCAACUUAUCAAAGACACUCAGGUGGCUGCCAAAUGGACGCGGUCACCGGGCGACGUACCUAGAGUCGGCUUCAUAUUUACCGGACAAGGCGCUCAGUCGUUUGAUAUGGGUCGACAACUCAUCCAACAGAUGCCAUUGUUCCAUCAAGUUUUGGAACGUUGCGACAGAUUAUUGCACAGUCUCCCGGAUCGACCGGAGUGGAGCUGUGUAGAUGAAUUGCUCAAGUCAGAAGAAGAAUCCCGCCUGUCCCAAAGCAGGUAUUCUCAGCCGCUCUGCACAGCAUUGCAGCUUGCCCUGCUUGAAGUAUUAUCUGCCUGGGGCAUUUCGCCUCAUGCGGUCGUGGGCCAUUCAUCGGGAGAAAUCGCUGCCGCCUACGCUGCUGGAGUGUUAUCCUUUGAGAACGCCAUCACAUGUGCAUACUAUCGCGGCCUGUACAUGUCCAAAGGCCUGAAGGCUGUCGGAGCUGUCACUGGCGCAAUGCUAGCAGUGGGCCUGACCGAGCGCGAAGGCAGGGCAGAAAUUGCACCCUAUCAAGGGCGGAUUGAUCUGGCGGCGAUCAACAGCCCGUCGAAUAUCACGCUAUCAGGAGAUGAAGAUGCCAUUCUCGAACUCAAAGGCAAGUUGGAUGAGCGGCAGAUAUUCUCCCGGAAGCUUCAGGUUGAACAGGCUUUCCACUCACACCACAUGCUGCCUCUCUCUUCGGGUUUCGAGCAGGCACUUUCCUUGCUUCCAGCAUUUAAAAGCCAUCCACCUCGGCACAAGUUCAUUUCGAGUGUAACAGGACGGCAUGCAAGCACUGAAACUAUGUGUGGCUCGUAUUGGGCGAGGAAUAUGACGGGAGUAGUGCGGUUCGCUGAGGCAGUAACCGAAACCCUGCUCGAUGACAACGACGAACAGGAUGUGGAUAUUUUCGUCGAGAUCGGCCCACAUCCAGCCCUGAAAGGUCCGGUUGGGCAGAUUCUCAAGGCCAUGAAGAUUGAUGUGCCAUAUAUUCCUUCCUUGUCCAGGAACGUUCCUGCGUUUGAGAGUCUCCUGUCCAUGGCUGGCCAGCUGUUUCAAGCAGGAUACCCGGUAGAUCUGCGAGCUGUCAACUCUACGCUUUCCUAUGUCUCCGAUGGUGAAGUGUGUAAGAUGUCGACAAGCAAAAGACUAAAAGAUGUUCCGACUUAUGCAUGGGACCACCACGCCAGGUUUUGGUACGAAACUCGCCCAGAACGAGAAUUUCGGCUAAGACCAUAUCGCCAUUCGAUUCUAGGAUCGCCGGUCCCAACUGCGCCAAAUUCCAGACCUCAGUGGCGUAAUUACCUGCGUUUGAACGAGAUACCAUGGCUCUUGCACCACGUCGUAGACUCGAAAGUCGUUUUUCCCGGUGCUGGCUACAUAAGCAUGGCUCUGGAGGCGAUUGCUACUCGCACCCCAAACUACAAGAGGAUUCUUAUCCGUGAGAUUGUUUUUAAAUCCGCCUUGACAUUGGCAAAGGGAGAGUCAGGGACCGAAGUAAUUCUUGAGCUCCAACCACAAGUUGUUUCCGCAAAGCAAUCGUCGCGUUCGUGGUACCGCUUCACCGUCUUUUCGUUCGAUGAUUCUCACUCUACGAAUGAGCACUGCCAUGGCCUCAUCUGCGCCGAAGAAGGUACACCUGUGAUAGUUGACAGUCUCGGCAUUAGCUCAGGCGUCGAUGAAGUGCGAAAAGCGACCAACCAACGCAGACCGCAGGGGGCAUACUACAAGCGACUGCAGAAGCUUGGACUUGACUAUGGAGAGACCUUCCAGCUUAUAGACGGUGAUGUAGAGUCCGGUCUAGGGUUUUCAGUGGCUAAUCUCACGUUCCAGCCUGAAAAGCUGAUCUCGACACAGGAAGAUCGGUGUAUAUUACAUCCCACAUUGCUUGAUUCAUCUUUCCACACCAUGUUUGCUUCCAUAGAGAGUCUCCUAGGUAGGCCGCUUGAUGGACCCUUCGUUCCAACCUUCAUACGAUCCAUGGUCGUUUCUGGCCACUUUGCGAGCUUGAAGCACGACAUGAAGCCACAACACUACUGGGUAAAAUCGGACGCGGCUCUCCACGGCCUAAGGCUUGCGGUGAGCAAGCUUUCCAUUCAGGCUCAUGCGACCAACGAUGUGCUCGUCUCCUUGGACGGCUUUGAAGCCACGGCUCUUGGAAACAGUGCCGAGUCUGAGGGUGCUAGGCGUAGAUUGUACUUCCGAAAUCAGUGGAAACCAGCUUUUGACCACCUCGUCGAUGCCGAGCUGGACUUGAAUACAUACGAUUUAAGCACGCUCAUGGACUUUUAUGUCCACCAGCACCCCGCGGCAAAGAUCUUGCACGUCACACCUACGCUUGCGCGCGUGUAUGAUGUCCUUCGCCAUUUGGGGGGAGCGGACGGCACAGCGCGAAGGUUUGAAAUGCUUACGCCCUACCACUAUGCUGACGAGACCAAUUUGAAAGCCGAAAUCGAGGCUCGUUGGCCCACAUUGAUCGAUUUCAAGGACCCGAAGCAGGACGCUUACGAUAUCAUCGUCAUCAGCAAAGUCCCAGACUGUGGCAUCAAACCGUUCCUGAAGAAUGGUGCUUUUGUGAUUUCGGAGGUAAGGGAGUUUAACAUUGAGGGCUUCAUAAAGUUGGUUGAGACAGACAACUUUGCAAUCUGGCGGAAUUCACAGGUCCCUGCCUCAACGACGGGGACACGCAUGACGGUAUUGAUCUCAAGUAACCCCUCGGAGAGAACAAAAAGUAUUGUGGCUGCAAUCGCUUCCGACUAUGAUGGCGAGGUCAUUACACGCACACUCACUGAAACAUCGGACAACCGAACGGAUGAUGAUGAUGAUGGUGUUGUUGUCGCCUUGGUCAGCCUGGAUGAAGAUCUCUUUUUCAAUCCGGAAUUACCCGAAAAAGAGCAAUAUCGAGCCAUACAAGGACUGCUUUCUGGAAAGGCCAGGAGCAUCGUUUGGGUAACUUGCGGCGCGACGCAUGAAAGUCAGAACCCGGCCCAAGCCAUUAUCAUUGGCCUUGCACGAGUUGCGCAAAGCGAAAACACGGACUCAAAACUUACAACGCUCGAUAUCUCACAGGCCGCUGAUGCCAAUAGAGUCAGCAAGUCUGCCAUCCGCCUUCUCUUAGAUGAUGGCUACGAGGGCGAGGCUUUCUUGGGGGACGGGUUGCUGUGUAUUCCCCGACUCGUCGUGGACGAUGAACUCAACGCAAAGCUUCCAACCCCUGGAAAUAGGAAAAUACGUUUGGAGCCACUGUACCAGAAUCGCAAUCUAACUCUCAAUAUCGGCAAAACUGGCCUUCUUGACACUCUGCAUUUUGAAGAGGAUGGCCGGUUCGCAAGUAAAGAAUUGGCUGAUGACGCCAUUGAAAUUGAGGUCAAGGCGUCGGCCAUGAACUUCCGCGAUGUCGCUGUCGCGCUGGGAAUGAUUGAUGAACACCGAUUGGGCUCGGAGUGUGCAGGAAUCAUCCGGAAAAUAGGUCGAGGAGUCUCAACAGACGACUUCAAGCCAGGUGACCGAGUGAUGGCUAUGGUGUCCAAUCAAGGUUCUCACGGUGUGAUAGUGCGAACGCCGUCAGUAUUCUGCAUCAAAAUCGGUGACAUGGAUUUUGCUACCGCAGCAUCCCUGGGCACCGUUGGUGCUACGGCACUUUACUCACUCGUCGACAUGGCUAGACUUCAGCCCGGAGAAUAUUGCCUGAUUCACUCGGCGGCAGGGGGAGUUGGCCAAAUGGCAAUUGGAAUCGCACAGAUGAUCGGGGCUAAAGUACUUGCCACCGUGGGCUCACCAAGCAAGCGAGCCUUCUUGAAGGAACGUUUCGGUCUUGAAGACGAUGCCAUUUUCUCUUCGCGUGAUUCUUCGUUUAUCGAGGGUGUUCUAAAGGCAACGGGAGGCCGAGGCUGUGAUGUCGCGCUCAACAGCCUUGCCGGUCCGCUUCUCCUGGCUACUUGGAACAUUGUAGCGCCUUUUGGGCGCUUAGUGGAGAUUGGAAAACGAGAUGUCCAUGAGAAUUCCAAGUUAGAUAUGGAUCCAUUCCGCAAAAAUCUCACCUACGCCGCUGUAGAUCUCAACACUAUGGACAAUCUCAACAAGCCGCUUCUGGGACGUCUUGUUAGAGAGAGCUUUGAUCUUGUAACAACGGGCAAAAUCAAGCCUCCGUAUCCCAUAACCAAGGUUUCCUUUGCCGAUGCGCAGAAGGCGUUCCGCCUUGUACAGAUGGGAACCAACAUGGGGAAAGUGGUUCUCAUACCAGGUGGGGAUGACGUGGUCCCAGUUCUGCCACCAACCUACACGAACCAACUGCUCUUUAGCACCGAAAAGACAUAUCUCAUCGUUGGAGGACUGGGAGGUAUCGGUCGGCGUUUAGCUCAAUGGAUGUUUCAGCGCGGAGCCCGCCGUCUCGCCUUUUUGGCACGAUCUGGGACCGAACGAGAAGAAGCCAAAGCCAUUGUUGCUUGGCUGCGAGCGAGAAACGUCGAUGUAUCUGUCUUCAAAGGAGAUGUGACUGACUUUGCGGUGGUUCAACACUGCAUUGACACUCUUGGUAAGAGUCUCUCAGGUAUCAUCCAAGCAGCCAUGGUCCUCAGCGACGCACCACUCGCAACCAUGUCUCAUCAACAAUGGCGCGCAGCUGUACGACCAAAAGUGAUUGGGACUUACAACCUUCACUUGGCGACGCAAAGACAGAAACUUGACUUUUUCCUGACGUUCUCGUCAUCAGCAGCGAUUAUCGGUUCCAAGGGUCAGGCUAAUUACUGCGCUGCUAAUUGUUACCUGGAUGCACUCAUGCGUAAUCGUCGAGCCCAAGGUCUCGCUGGCACAACAGUUAACAUCGGUCCCGUCUCGGGGAUUGGUGCAGUUGCUGAAGAUGCUAUCCUGGAAAAGGUGAUGGAUCGAAUGGGUUACGAGUCGAUCACUGAAGAUGAGCUAUUUUGGGCAAUCGAGGAAGCCAUCACUAGCGCAUUCGAUGCUACGCAAGAAGUCGACGGAAUCCAACAACAUCAAAUCAUCACAGGACUUAAUCUGCAGCGUACAGAUCUAUAUUGGGCCAAUAAGUCUCUCGUGCGGAACCUCUACGCAAAUUUGGACGGAGUGGACGGAGGUAAGGCUGCUGCGCAGAGCCAGGAUAUCGCCCUUGCUAUCCAGAGGGAAGGUACCGUCGAGGAGAGAGUAGCUAUGCUGACAGCAGCGUUUAUUGAAAAGAUUGCUGAUGUCCUGUUCGUGCCCGUAUCCACAAUUCAUUCGAGCAACCCUCUAUCAAGCUAUGGCCUCGAUUCCAUCAUUGCCGUAGAGUUUCGAACCUGGUUCUUGAAGACGGUGACGGUGGACGUGUCUUUGUUUGAUAUCCUAGCGGCCAAGUCUAUCGAAGCGCUUGUCGAACAGGUUGUGGGAAUGAUGCCAAUGAUUCGUGCUGCCGAACCUCAUGAUGGAACAGCAAACGCUGGCGGGGAAGUUGAUAUUUCGUCCGAUUCCCCUGCCCGCAGUUCUCCGGAAGAUGGUUCUGCACUCCUUCCGAACGAUGAGGGGAAAGCAUUAAAUGGCCCUAAAGACGCCGUCCGGUCUCACAGGGUUCCGCUCUCUCCAUAUCAACUGCGCCUGUGGUCCGCGCAUAGAUUGUUGGACGAUAAAAGUGCACUUAAUUUUGUCGUUCUUUACUCACUCAAUGGUCGACCGAACCCUGAAAUACUUCAGAAAACAGCCCUAGAACUAGCAAAGCGAAACGCUUCUCUCCGCACAAUGUACUUUGAAGGGCCUGAUUUCCCCGAGCAGGCACUUUCAGAGGAUGUUGCACUGAAGUUUUCUUAUCACGACCUCUCUCUCGAAACACAGCCCGAGGUAGUGCUGCAAACUCAUGCUCAGGUUCUGCGUCACCAAGCCCUAGGCAUUGAGCGAGGCGAAAAUACAGCGUUGGGAUUGUUCAAGCUCGCCGAGGAUCGGUAUUCACUUAUAUUUGUUUUCCACCACAUCUCUAUUGACAAUGGCAGCACAAAGUCUGCAAUGGGGCAGUUCGUAUCCAUCUACGAUGCGCUGUCUCGAGGUGUUGACCUCUCCACCAUUCCAUCGCCAUCUGUAACAUACUCGGACUUCAGUUUCUGGUACAACCAAAGACUUCAUUUGCCAGACAUCCAAUCUAGUAUCGCAUGGUGGAUGGGAGAGUUGUGUAAUGCACCUCAACACGGGAAGUUGCUUCCCUUUGCGCGAGAGAGUCGUCCAGCAAAGAUCCUUGGCGGUCGAAACAUUCUCAGGCAGUCAAUAUCAUCGGCAAAGCUAAAGAGAAUGAAGAGAAUCUGCCUAAAUCAAGGCGCUACUCCAUUCCACUUUUUGGUGGCGUGUUUGCGUGCAUUCAUUUAUCGUUUCACUCAGGAGCGAGAUUGGAUUCUUCUCACCAUGAAUGGUAGUCGUCCACAUCCAGACCUGGAAGAUGUCGUAGGCUUCUUCGUCAACAUAGUGCCGUUCCGAUUUCGCAAUGCUUGCGAAGGCAGUUUUGAAAACGUUCUGGCUGAGGCUAAGGGAAUAGCGCUGGACGCCCUAGGUCAUAGUCAAAUUCCAUUUGAUGUGAUGCUGGAUGCCUGUAACAUCGAACGCUCUCCUUCGUAUCAUCCUCUCGGCCAGGUGUUUGUCAACUACAAAUCAAACAAGGCAAUUAUAGGUUUCAGCACCGACCAUUUCGUUGUUGAGGACUUGGUGGUCGAGGAUAUGCCUACUCCCGGAGAACUUGCUCUUGAAGCGGUUGAGGAUGGGAAACAUGGCCUGCAACUUCGACUGGAAUAUGAUUCUUUCCUGUAUGGACAGCAAGACAUGGAGGUCUUUUUCAAGAACCUCACAUACUUCCUCUUAUCCGUCAUUCAAGACUACAGAGUCUUGGUUGGAGAUGUUGAAAUUGACUGA